AUGGCUCGGGGCCCCGGCUCGCUGGCGGCGGCGGCGCUGCUGCUGCUCCUGGCGCCCGGCUCGGAGUCCGGCUGCGCCGAGCUGGGGCGCUGCUGCCGGGGCAGAGACCUGGCUUGUGUCAGCAGCGGCUGGAGACCGGACCGAUCCCACGGCGCCUGCUACUGCGACCAGGCGUGUCCCCGCACCAUGGACUGCUGCCACGACUACCCGCAGGCCUGCCCAGAGGUCUCCUGUGCUGUAUCCGAGUGGAGUGACUGGAGUGGCUGUGCAGAGCCUUGCCGGGCAACAUAUCGAGUUCGGAGGAGACACGUUGUGCAGGAGCCUAGAAAUGGAGGCAAGGCGUGUCCUCCUCUGGAGGAGAAGGCUGGCUGUGUGGAGUAUUGGAACCAGGAAGGAGCUGAGUGCAAACAGUCCCUUAUUCCAGCAUUAAUAACUACAGGAGGUUAUGGGAAUGCAAGGAAAAAGAGAGCUGCGUCCAGCGAAAAUGAAAGAUCAGGGUAUUGUGUCGAAUUCCAGAUCACAGCCAUCACGGAAGGCUGUUUGCAGGGGAGCGGUUCCUAUACUCAGUGGAUGCGAUAUCUGAGCAAGGGGCACACGGUCUGCGUGGAGUGCCAGCACCCGGCCCUGGAUUCCAGGAGUCUGCAUUGCUAUGGGGAUGGCAGUGGAAGCGAUAAGAAUCAGCUGCUGCACUGGCAGGCCGUGGGGAAUCCCUGGUGCAAAGGAACCUGGAGGAGAGUUCGCCAGCUGGACACUUGCUCCUGUCCUUCCGUUCACAGUUUCUUGUUCAUCUAGC